AAAGGAAGGCAAAGCGACCAGGACCGCAAUCUGCAUUUUCUGGGCGAGCCGAGAAGCAAGCAUCUGUGCCAAGAUUGCAAAAGGAGAAAAGGGCAGACGAACCCAAUCAUUUCCGUGCUUCUUCAGCAUCACUCCCAUCCCAUUCUACGACGCCUUUUCUUUUUCUUUUUGGCUCUCCAGACAAAAAGCUCACACACUCUUUAACUGGUCGCUUCACUCGUCUCUAUAACAACCCUGGCGCAAUGGAGAAGUGAUGUGAUGUACGCACGCAAUGGAGGAGUACCUGCGGCCGUUGCGUCUGCUCUGCAUCUUGGCCUUCCUCACGCAAUGUGGAGCAAGAGUGCUGCGGAGAACAGAGGAGGAGAUACUACUCGAUCACUACUCCUCUUCUGAUCCCUACUACAGCACACCCAUCAUGCCUCCCUACGGUGAUGCAUUCGCGCCACCAAUUCCUCCACCGCCUCCCCCUCCAGGCUGCGUCCUCACUCCAGACGCCGUUCCGGUGCCGGCGUUCAGCUACUCCUCUCCUCCGCCGCCACAGGUGUAUUACCCUCCGCCGGAUAUCGGGCCAAGCCCACCACCCAUGGAUACGCCACUUCCGCCUAUCAUUUACCCAAGCCCACCCGAAGUCACACCUAGCCCACCAGAGAUCGCGCCGUAUCCCAGCCCACCUGUCAGCCCGCCAGAGAUAGAGCCAUAUCCGAGCCCACCGGAAGUCUCGCCGAGCCCACCUGAAAUCUCACCGAGCCCGCCCGAAGUCUCGCCGAGCCCACCGGAAAUUGCACCGAGCCCACCCGAAAUAGCACCCAGCCCACCGAAAAUCUCGCCGAGCCCACCUGAAAUCUCGCCGAGCCCGCCCGAAGUCUCGCCGAGCCCGCCGGAAAUUGCACCGAGCCCACCUGAAGUAGCACCCAGCCCACCGGAAACCUCGCCGAGCCCGCCCGAAAUUGCGCCGAGCCCACCCGAAAUUGCACCGAGCCCACCGGAAACCUCGCCGAGCCCGCCUGAAAUUGUGCCGAGCCCGCCUAGUUACGAACCCAGCCCGCCCAGCAUUGUGCCGAGCCCACCGGAGUACGCGCCGGAGCCACCAACCUACGUACCGAGCCCACCGGGGUACUCACCGGAGCCACCAGCAAACGUGCCGAGCCCCCCAGAGUACGCACCGGAGCCGCCGGCGUACGUGCCGAGCCCACCUAUCUACGCGCCGUACCCCCCAGGAAUCGUCCCGGGCCCGCCGGAGUACGCGCCGGAACCACCUGGGGUCAUCCCGAGCCCGCCGGAGAACGUGCCGAGCCCACCAGGGAUCGUCCCCGGCCCGCCGGGGGUCGUCCCGGCCCCGGGAGGUUUCCUGCCGCCGGUUGUGUUCCCGCCCCCGUUCGCGUCGCCGUCGCCAGGGACGAUGAGCGCAACGUGGUGCGUGGCGAAGCCGUCGGUGCCGGGGCCGAUCAUGCAGCAGGCCAUGGACUACGCGUGCGGCUCCGGCGCGGAUUGCGACUCCAUCCAGCCAUCGGGCCCGUGCUUCCAGCCGGACACCAUGCUAGCUCACGCCUCCUACGCCUUCAACAGCUGCUGGCAGCGCACCAAGGCCAACGGCGCCACCUGCGACUUCGGCGGCACCGCCAUGCUCAUCACCAAGGAUCCAAGCUAUGAUGGCUGCCAUUACAGUGUGAUGUGAUCCAACCAACGGGAACAUUUUGUGUAGUUGGGCUAUGCUUUGUUUCAGUGACAUUUUGUUUUGCUCUCAACUGUGAAGGGCUCUGGAAGCUCGACAGCAUUUUCUCAAGAUCAGAGGAACUUGAGAUACAUGAUGCUCUGAUAGUCUGAUGUGACUAGGGAACUUGCAGUUGAUUAUUGAUUUUGUGUAGGGUAACAGACUCGAUCCAUCCUUCUUUUUUAGAAAGAGUCCUAACAGUUUCUUUUUUGGUGCCUGUUAUUGUUUUGUAUUAUAUAUCCUGAAUAAGGGAUGUAAUUUCAUUGUGGCAACCCAG